AAUAUUUAAAAAAUAAAAAUUGGCCUCCAAGAAUAAAUAAAUUUAACAAUAUUAUCAGUACAAAUACGUCUAAUAAUAAUUGGUCUAAAUGUUUUUAUUUGAAUAUUUUAAACGUUAUGUUAAAUUUAAAAGUCUAGAAAAUAUUCAAAUAUUUAAAAUAUAUAUUAACACUAACAUUUUGUAAAUUAAAAUAACAAAUUUAUUUAAUUUUAUUUGUAAUUUAAUAACUAAUUGUAGUUAUUAAAUCGCUUUGUUACAAAACUUUUUUUUAUUUAAAAAACUUUUAUCAAUAAAAUGUAUUAAUUUCAAAUAAAUAUUUAGGAGUUUAAAAACAAAUAAAUCUUUAAUUUAAAUAAUUUUUUUAAAUAUUAAUAAUUCUUUUAGUAUGCAGUUUAUAUGUGACAUAUGUGAUACUGUAAUUUUUUGCUAUGAUAGACAUAUUAAUCAUUCGUUUGACAAAUUUAUAAUUAAUUUAUAAUUAAAUAAAUUACAAUGUAUGUACGAUACCUAACCUGGCAAGAGAUAGUAUCUGUGGGUCCAAACGUGUUAAGCCGUUCUACAUUAAUCGCAAGCAGCCAGUUGCGACUUGCGACAGCCAAUGAUUGUCGAGCUUUAACUAGAAACUAGGCGCUCAUUGGCUGUCGCAAGUCGCAACUGGCUGCUUGCAAUUAAUGUAGAACGGGUUUUGUAUGUAUAUCAAGUAAGGCAUUACUUUAUCCCCACUCUGCCCUAUUUAUGUGCGCUCCGUUUAUGUUCUCUCGCCGAACACAUAGAUAAUUUAUUACGUAAAUUAUUUCCAAGAACAAAUGGAUAGAUUCUAAAAUCUAAAAGCUCACUUGUGUAAGAUCACAUUUUUUGUUAUUUGCGCUACACGAGUUUCAAGUGUGUAUUAAUGACUCGUAGACGCGAAUUUUUCCGCAGUAACAAGGAUUCGCGUUUACUAUCGUGAUGGCGAACAAGCGCGGUAAGAACAUUGUGCAACAUGCUUGGCAAGAGAUGACCAGUGAAGAUAAAAUAUAUGCAGCGGAAAAUUUGAACGAAACUGACAACAUUAGAGAAAACGCCGUUGCGGAGAUUAGACGCUGGAUCAAAGAAAAUGAUUUUCCCACACAAAUCGAUGAUUUUCUUAUUCUGCGAUUUUUAAGAGUGUGCAAAUUUAAUCUUGGGAAAACAAAGGUCAGAAUUCGAAACUAUUAUACACAGCGAUCCGAUUUACCGGAAUGGUAUAUGAACAAGGAUCCGUUCCAACCAGAACUGCAAGAUGUGCUUAAUUUGGGGAUACUUUUGCCUCUGCGGAAACGGGAUAGUCAAGGAAGAUGUAUUUUUCUCAUGCGCCUUACUGUGCAUGAUGCAGAAAGAAAUAAGAUAUCAGAUUUAUUUAAGAGCUCUAUAUUGGCAAUCGAAACGGCGGUAAAACAUUAUCCCGUUGCAUCUAUAUAUGGUUGCGUAUUCUUAGUAGAUGUAUCCAAUCCAACUAUACGUCACGUUAUUCAAGCCAAAUCCUACGAAUUAAUGAAUAUAGUCCACACACUCCAGAAUUGCUAUCCGAUAAGAUCUCAUAAGUUUGUUCUCUUUAAUGUGCCGAUAGUCUUAGAUGUUAUCGUGAAACUUGUCAGAUCGUUUAUGACUAAAAAGUUGAAAAACAGAUUUCAAGUUUAUUCAGACGCGUACCACUGUUUCGAAGAUAUCCCAACUGAUAUCUUGCCUGUCGAAUAUGGUGGUACUGAUGGUACACUUCAAGAAUUAACAGAAUAUUGGAAAAAAAUUAUCGAGGAAAAUCGUAAUUGGCUUACAAAAGACGAGAACAACCAAACAAUUCAAACAGCUAAACCUGCAGAGACAAAUUUGGAAAAUAUUACUCAUCUAUAAACUUUUGGCACAAGAAAAUUAACCCUUUAAAAGGCACAUUUUUUCUAGCAAUUAUGUCAAAUAGAUCUUGUCGUAUCUGUAUGUUUUAGAUAAUGCUAAAACCAAAUCAAAGGUCAAAAUUUAAAAAAUUCAAAAUGACGGAUCCAAUAUGGCGGACGUUGCUCAUAAAAAUUCAAAAUUCGGAAAUAAAAAAAA